AUGGCAAGAAUGCUGCGUUCAAUGACUGUGUGCAUCGUGCUGCUGCUACUGCAGGCUCACCUCUCCACUCAAGACAUGGUCAGUUACGUUACAAGAAGCAGGAGAUCUGUAGCAGGAGACUCAGAUGUUAAAGAGAAGCCGAUUAUUCGCUCGCUACAUAUCACAUCCGAUAUCAAGUACCGUUAUGCCACAACUCUGGUCUACAGCAGGGUUGUCAACCCUUCAGACAAGGCUGGCGAAGCUGUCUUCUACGUCAUCCUGCCCGAGACAUCGUUCAUCUCAGAAUUUCUCAUGCUUGGUCUCCCACAUCGAUAUAUUCAACCGUACCACGGCCCGUCUUAGAGAGCAGCUUUGUCAUUGAGGCCACACCUACAAACAUAGCUGCAGCUCAUUCUUACCUGAAAAAAUUAUACAGACCU